UUGAAUCAACCCACAGCCAUAGCCAACUUGCUUCCAUGACAGCUGAUAGAUAAUCCUUGCUGAAAUCAUAAGAAAGCAAUAAUAACGUCAGUGGAAAUCCAACUCUGCCUGCUUGAGUCAUGGGGAACUGGGGGGAGCUACUUCUUGAUGGUCACCCUGGUGAAGGAGAACUCCAGAAAAAUGUGGGCAUCGGUAAAAGAUUCGGUAUAGAGUCUAAGAAGUUAUGGAUGAUAGCUGGUCCCAUUACUCUGGGAGCCAUUUGUCAGUACUCAUUGAACGCUAUCACAUUAACUUUUGUUGGUUUUGUUGGGGAGAUUGAACUCGCCGCUGUCUCCAUCGGUAACUCUGUCAUUUCUGGCCUUGCAUUUAGACUCAUGUUGGGAAUAGGGAGUGCCCUGGAGACUUUAUGCGGACAAGCAUUUGGCGCAGGACAAAUAAGGAUACUUGGGAUAUACAUGCAGAGAUCAUGGAUAAUCGUUGUUACCACUGCCACCAUUUUGCUUCCCAUUUUCAUAUUUGCUCCUCCUGUUCUUGAGUUUUUUGGAGAGACCACUGUCAUCUCUAGGGCUGCUGGUCAGCAAUAUUAAUAUAGAUCAUAGGACUUCCCAUUCUCUUAACUGUACUUGGUUAAUUCUCAGGCGA